CAUCUGCUGAAUACAGUAAUACAUUUACUGCACCAUAGAAUUUUUGUCAAACAAUAAAACGCAUAAAUGAGAUGGAUCGUUUUUGAUCGAACACGCUUUUCAGUUUGUCAGUGCUUAUUAUUAAGCUUCAUAGCUUUUUGAAAAAAAAACUGUAUUUUUGAAUCAAAUAAUGGGUUUAAAUAGCAAUUAUUUUUUGCCAGCUGUUAGAUCUGGAGCAAUUAGCAUCAACUUGUUCAGCAGAAACUUAGAAGAGUUUCCGGAAGACCUUAUCAAAUUGUCAGGCACAUUAGAAAAACUGAACAUCAAGAAGAACUGCAUAACCGAUUUGCCACGUCAGUUUUCCUUGCUGCAGAAGUUAACUGUGUUACACCUUGGCCAUAACAAAUUUGAAAUUUUUCCUGAAAGUAUUUCCAGAUUACGUAAUCUAGAGACCCUUCACAUGCAUGAUAAUUGCAUAACUACCAUACCAGAGAGUUGCAUCGGCAGACUGGGAAAGUUGAAAGUUUUGAACCUCAACUCGAACAAAAUCGAAACUAUUCCUUCUGAUAUCGGUUUUCUCGAAAAUUUGAGGUUUUUGUCAAUCGAGAAAAACAGACUGAAAACGUUUCCGAAUGAAAUUGCGCAUUGCGAUAGUUUGGAGGAAAUCCACGCCUCGGAAAACGAGUUAGUCAGCCUUCCGAUUGGUUUUGGCUAUCUAGGAAAACUAAAGAAGUGUAUUUUGAGGAAGAACCUUCUGCAAGAUUUGCCAGAGACGUUUGGGAAAUUGACGAGCUUGAAAUGUCUAGAUUUGGCGGCUAAUGACAUCCGGAUCUUCCCAACUAAGUUCCACCAACUUCGGCUGCGUGAGCUGUAUGUAGAGUGCAACCAGUUGAUCGUGGAGAGACCAGUGAGAAGUGUGCAGGAGGACGAAAUCAUGACUCUGAAGGAAUUAGCCUCCAGGACUUGUCUAAAAGAGCUGUCACAGACCAAUUCACUACUGAGGAGAACCAUCAAACACUACCCUGCCCUGCGUGAAAUGUUAUCUCUGGCCAGCAAGUGUGCCAUGUGCAACAGUCUCUUCCUCAACACAUGGCUAGAGUGCGUGCACUUCAUCGACAGCAGGCAAAUCGUCGGCUCACCUCCCGUCGGCCCAAAUGCCAACAAGUCCAAAAUACCUGUGCGAGCUCUGCUCUGUUCGUACAAAUGUUUCAACGCACAGCCGAGUGAUGGCGACUCGAAACAACCUGUCUCCUACUACGGAGUGGCUUUUCCUGCAAGUGCACCACCGUCUGCUAACACCAUCAAUUAACUUUCCAAUUCAAUCCUAAUAAUGGUUAAAAACUACAUAAUCAUCGAAAGAGAAUGUUAUAAUUGACUUCUGGUUUGCUUCUAAAGUUGUAGUGAUUGCUCUAGUUUAAGUC